AUGACCUUUGGGCCGCAAAAGGCUGCGGCCUCUCGUUGCAUUCAAGGACUGCUGGCUGCCAGCCGAAACCGGUCUCAAUUCUACUCCGCAAGUCGCACGCGCCUUCUCUUCCAUAUGCCGUUCAGACCACUCGUCUCAUCCGUCCUCAGAAGGAUGAAGUCGUCUUCCCCGGCGCAAUCAAUUCGAGUACCCCAGACGCUUCCCAUGGAAGUCCCCGUUGAUGAGGAGAACGUUCCACGUUAUGAUCCAGAGGCUUUCUACCCUGCAAACCCGGGAGACGUUCUAAAUGGCAGAUUUGAGUUGCUGGCCAAACUCGGCUGGGGAACCUCAUCCACUGUCUGGCUUGCCAAUGAUAAUGAGUCGAACCGCUGGAAAAAGUCGAAUAAGUUUGUCGCUAUCAAGAUUUGUACUCGUAAUAUUGUACAAAACGAGAGCCCGCACGAGUUGGAUAUUUCCAUCCACCUCUCCACGGUCAAAUCACAACACCGAGGACGUGCCAUUUUAGGGACAGCUAUUGAGAGUUUCGUCCUAGAUUCGCCCACGGGCUCUUCGCACCUAGCCUUGGUUUUUGAACCCAUGAGGGAACCGCUUUGGCUAUUCAGGAGGCGUAUCAUGGGCCAAGACAAGGCCACGCGUCCAUGGAUGCCUCUAGUAAAGGGAUAUAUCCAGAUUCUUCUCGAGGGGCUUGAUUUUUUACACGAACAAGGCCACAUCAUCCAUACCGAUCUAAAGCCCGACAAUAUCAUGGUCACUUUCGAAGAUCAGUCUGUUAUUGAAGAAUUUGUCCAAGGACAGAUACAGCACCCAAUGGCCCGAAAGACGAUUGGGAACCGGACAGUAUACAGGUGCCAUAAUAACUUUGGAGACAUUGAUGGCAAGGAGAGAUUGAAGAAUAUGUACCCCAAGAUCACCGACUUCGGCCUGGCACAGCGGGGGGACACACCCGGACCCCAUAUUCAUCCCAUACAACCUGACGAUUGCCACGCCCCAGAGGUGAUUCUCGGGGUGGGAUGGUCUUAUAGCGCCGAUAUAUGGAACUUUGGCAUCAUGGUUUGGGACUUCCUCGCAGGCCAAGGGCCUUUCCAGCAGAGCCACUCACACCCAUAUUCCCCAGCAGAGCACCUGGCCGAGAUGAUCGCCUUACUUGGCCCUGUGCCGCCGACAAUGAUACAACGCGAGAGGAGCAUGCGACGAUGGCAGUGGAGUCCUAGGGUACGGAAUGCUCGCGGCGAAUUGUGCAGCAACGCUGCCGAGUUUUACGGAGGCCCAUUCUUCACUAAUGAAGAGUACUAUCGUUCGCUGUUUGUUGCAAAGGCUUACUAG